CAUUCUACUGAUAUUGUGUUAGAAAAUUUAAGGAAAAACAUAACAGAACAAAGCUUUCAAAUAAAAGCUCUAAUUCAAGACAUUAAUGAUUGUGGAGGUCCAUUAUCAGAAUUAUCAGAGCUCCAUACGUUGAAUUCAGAGGGUAGAAUAAAAAUUGCCUCACUCAGAAAAUAUAUAGAUAAAUUUUGGGAAGUUGCAGAAGAAAAUAAAAAUGCAAACCUCCUUAAAGAAGUACUACUCCAUAGAGAUCAGUUAUCUAGUACAAUGGAUUUAUUCAAGAAAGCCAACAUUAAAGCAAUGCUGCAGAUUGAAAAGGACUCCAAGGAAAAACUGCUGAGAAGACGGGAUGACUCUCUGAUAAGCUCUUCAGAAAGUGUAUACGACACACAAGAAGAACUCAAAUUCACAGGUAGUGCGAUAACCCAAUCAGGAAAACUUCUAGCUAAAUAUGGGAGAAGGGAGUUUACUGAUAAAAUCCUUGUUUGGUUUGCAUUUUUGUUUUUCUGUUUUUGUGUGUUUUAUAUAGUACAAAAAAGACUAUUUUGAAGCAUCAAUUUCCUUAGGUUUACUAAAUUAUUAUUUUAUUGUGAUCAUUUAAGUACUAUUAGGUAAUGGUUGAUAGGGUAUUUGAAGUUUUACCAGGAACUAUCUAAACUGAGUUGACUGUAAGGCUGAAAAGCUCCAUAAAACAUGAAUAAUAAUUAUAAAAAUGAACGCAUAAGCAGAAACAUAUCUAUAAAGUAAAAUGUUUCAAUUUAUGAACACGAUUCUUUGACUUUGAAUAUCCAUUUGAUGCAAUUAUAUUUUGUGAAUAUAUAAAUUUUAUUUAUGAUAGAAAUAAAUUUAAUAAUAUUUGCA